AUGAACAUGGACAAGCAAACGGAACAAACCCUAAAUUACUUACCUUUGGGUCAGAGCGAUCCCUUUGGCAACGGCAACGAAGGAACGAUCGGCGACUUCCUCGGAAGAUUCUGCAACCCUCAAGAGAUUUCGCCGUUAACUCUACAAUCCUUCUCCCUCAAUUCCCAGAUCUCCGAGAAUUUCCCCAUCUCCGGAGGGAUCCGGUUCCCUCCCUAUCCAGGUCAAUUCGGAUCCGAUCGUGAAUUCGGGUCGCAACCAACAACGCAGGAGAGCAACAAGAGCUCGUUGCUGGAUCCAGAUUCAGUUUCGGAUCGAGCUCAACCCACGAAAUCAAACUCCAGGAAGAGAAAAUCGAUCCCUAAUGGAAACGGCAAGGAAUCUCCAGCUUCAUCGUCUCUCACAGCUUCUAAUUCCAAGAUUUCAGGAGAGAAUGUUGGAUCCAAGGCUGGGAAGAGAAGCAAGCAGGAUGAAGCUGGGAGCAGUAAAAACGGAGUUGAGAAAUGUGAUAGUAAAGGCGAGAACAAAGACGAUGCAAAGCCUCCUGAGCCGCUUAAAGAUUACAUUCAUGUUAGAGCAAGAAGAGGUCAAGCAACGGAUAGUCACAGCCUCGCUGAAAGAGCAAGAAGAGAAAAGAUCAGCGAGAGAAUGACUUUGCUUCAGGAUCUUGUUCCUGGUUGCAACCGGAUUACAGGGAAAGCAGUCAUGCUUGAUGAGAUUAUAAACUAUGUGCAGUCAUUGCAGAGACAAGUCGAGUUCUUGUCCAUGAAGCUGGCUACUAUAAAUCCAAGAAUGGAGUUUAAUUCUAAUGCUGCUUUAUCCACAGAGAUGAUUCAGCAGGGAGAGUCUUUAACGCAGUCUCUUUACGCAAUAGCUUGCUCAGAGCAAAGACUUCCCUCAGGAUACUAUUCUUUAGCCAAGAACAUGCCAAGAUUCUCAGACGCACAAUUCACCUCCAGCGAUGGAUUUGUUCAACCUGAGACACCAGGAUUCUGGGAAAAUAAUGAUCUGCAAAGCAUUGUUCAAAUGGGUUUUGGAGAUAUCCAGCAACAGAGUAACAACAACAAUAACUGUUCUGAGCCAACACUUCAAAUGAAGCUUGAGCCAUAA